GCUGCUGUGGUGGCGACGGGGGCCGUUGGGGAGGAGCCAGUGGGGGAGGGAGACGGAGCAGUGACAAGACAGAGCGGUGCUGCGGUGACUAUGGCAGAGGGGCCGGAGGAGGCCCGAGGCCGCCCUCCCGGGCAGGGCGACGGCAGAGGGGACCAAGACCCGGUCCAUUCUCUGACAGGCCCUCCUGCCGCCGCCGCCCCGCAUUCCUGGAACGAGCCGCAGGCCGAACCCCAGUCCCCGGGCCGGCCCCCAGCCGCGGGCCUCGCGCCCACCGCGGCCGCCGCCGAGGAGUCGGAGCCACAGCUCGAGCCUGGGAAGCCCGGGGACGCGGCGUCCGGCUCCGGUGCGGAGCUGCAGGAGCCGGCGGGCUGCGAGGCGCCGGAGGCCGCGGCGCCGCGUGAGAAGCCCGCGCGGCUGAGCGCCCGCGAGUACUCCCGGCAGGUGCACGAGUGGCUGUGGCAGUCUUACUGCGGCUACCUCACCUGGCACAGCGGCCUGGCCGCCUUCCCAGCCUACUGUAGCCCCCAGCCAUCCCCGCUCAGUUACCCCUCAGGCGGCGGCACCGCUGCCCCCCAGGCCGCGGCGCCAGCGCCCCUCCAGCUGGGCUAUUACAACCCCUUCUACUUCCUGAGCGCCGCGGCCGCCGGACCUGACCCGGGAGCGGCUCCGGGCAUCACUACCCCUGCUCCAGUCACGGGCCUGGGACCCCGGGCUCCUCAAGUGCAGGGAUCCGUCCAGGCAACCCCAGUGACGCGAGUGGGAUCCGCCGCCCCUUCGCGAGCCCCGAGCGAGAACGGGCGCCAGGCAGGCAGAGAGUAUGUUAUUCCAUCCUUGGCCCACAGAUUUAUGGCAGAGAUGGUGGAUUUCUUUAUUCUCUUUUUUAUAAAAGCUACCAUUGUUUUAAGCAUUAUGCAUCUCAGUGGAAUAAAGGAUAUCUCUAAGUUUGCUAUGCAUUAUAUAAUAGAAGAAAUAGAUGAAGACACAUCAAUGGAAGACUUGCAAAAAAUGAUGGUUGUGGCUCUUAUAUACAGAUUAUUAGUUUGUUUCUAUGAGAUAAUUUGCAUUUGGGGAGCAGGCGGAGCUACCCCAGGAAAGUUCCUGCUGGGGCUUCGAGUUGUGACAUGUGAUACAUCAGUGCUUAUUGCACCAAGUCGGGUUUUAGUGAUUCCUUCCUCAAAUGUUAGCAUUACAACGUAAGU